AUGCCGUCACAGGUGGCGACAUCCCGGUCCUCAAGUGUCAGCCCCGCUCCGGUGGCGACAUCCCGGUCCCCAAGGGUCAGCCCUGCUCCACCCCCUUCCUCAGCCAGAAAUAACUGCUGUCCCUCAGCAGGACCUUGGCAUCUGGGCUGGAGCUCAGCACGGGUCAGGGCGAGCGGCAGGGAGCCCGGGGGGACCGCGGAGGGCCAGCUGGGGCCACCGAGCACUGGUGGCCACAGCUUGGCUUCAGCUUCACCCCCAGCACAGCAGGAGAGCACUUUUGGUCCUGAGGGCUGCCUCUCUCUUCCAGCUGGGCAGGAUCUGUUCCUCUCCCACAGAGCUGCCCCAGGAGUGCAGCACCAAGUGAUGGCCAUCAUGAAGUCAGGCCCUGAAGAUGUGCCCCGGCUGGACCUGGGCAAGAAGAUAAGCACCCCGCAGGACCUGAUGAUCGAGGAGCUCUCCCUGCGCGACAACCGCGGCUCCCAGCUCUUCCAGCAGCGCCAGCGGCGGAUGCAGCGCUUCAUCUUCGAGCAUCCCAGUGGGUACAGGCAGCUGUCAGGAGCAAGUGGCUCACAGCACGCUGGGAAAGGCGACCCAACAGCAAAUGAGUGGCCGGCAGGGGAGGACCAGCCAAGUUUCCACUCUGAGCUCCAUGUGGCAGCAUCACCCCAGGGCGGUCCCCCUGCAGUGCCCAAGAAGACAGAGAAAGUCUUGCAGAUGAGCAAAAUCCUCAACCCCGAUGCUCUGGCACCAGGGUACUCAAGCCCCCUCAAAGAAAUCCCCCCGGAGAAGUUCAACGUCACUGCCAUCCCCAAGGGCUACCGCUCCCCGUGGCAGGGACUCCUCGGGGACGUGCCCCACACUGUGCACUUCGAGAACCAGCUGCCCAUCAGACCCUACCCAUGGGACUUCAGGAGCUUCAACAGGACCGCUGUCCCCUUCGACAGCGCGCUGGUCGGCGACCUGUUCUCCGUGCCUGCCGUGGAGCUGGAUAACCUGAGUGCUCUGGAGGUGAUUUCCCACAGACCCAACUUCAACAGAGUGGCACAGGGCUGGGUGAGGAUCCUGCCGGAGAGCGAGGAGCUGUAGCGCUCAGGCUCCCUGCCCCGGCAGCCGCUUCUCUCGCUAGGCUCCAACACGCUGCCCAGGGGAGGGGAGAGCAGAGGGGAGGAAGUCUGCCUCGUGAAAGCUAAGCUGGUGGUCUCAAGUCAUCAUCCUCUUCAAUGGGGUUUGAACAAGCUCAUGUCUGGGACCAUU